AGUUAUAUUCACUAUUAUGAUGGAAUGGAAUAGAUGAAUUAUUUCAUUAAAAACGUGAGAAGGUAACAUAACAUUCUAAUCUACUUUAAUGCACAUCAAUUGGCAAGAAAUUUGGCAUCUCAACGCUGAAUACAUGACUGGAAGCAUUUCUAGAAGAAUUCUUUCGGAAUGUCUCUGGAGGGCUGUCAGAACAUCUCGCUUUUGACACAGAAGUCGCAUGGUGCUCAAUCUAGUAAGGUGGAUGUGAAUAUUUCAUCUUUUUUUCACCUGUACGAGUCUUCGAGUUAUUUAAUUAGCUCUUAAAUAGGUAAUCGUCUGUUUAAACGAGUCCCGACCAUUUCUUGUUCUUAACUAAUUCAUUUUCUUCAAAGUUAUUAUAUUAUGACCAAAGAUAUAUUUCAACAUUCCGUAACGUUUUUUAAAUGAACAAACUAGUGGAAUUUUUGGAAGCGUUGGUGAUAUUCAUACCGAACUUUGUUUACUUACAAUUACACUGCUUAAGUGGUGUUUUGAUAUACACUUCAGAGACCAAUGGUAAACAGAUCAUAAAAAUUUGACUCGAAGCUCCAUGAUUUUAUAAAUCGUAAUUUCGUAAUCAAAAUACUCCUGGGGCAGUUAUAUGAUCCCAUGCCACCUCUACUUUAUGUAUCUAUCUAUCAGAAUUUGAAGAUUAUGCUGUCAAUGAUCCAACCCUUGAACGAUUAGUAACAUCUCAUUCAUAUUGAGACUGGGAAAAAAGUUUGGAUAUAAGUGAGUUAUAUAUUUUGCUGAAAAUUGAGCGUCCUGAGAUAAGGAAUUAAAUGAGAUUCUGAUAUUUCUAGAAUGUAUCGAUGUGUAUUCGUAUUACUUGAUAAAUACUAGAUAUGAGCUUUAAACAUAAGCAGUGGCAAUCCAUACUAUGACUUUAACAGUACGACGUACUCAAGUAGACGAUAUCUAUCUAUUACUGAUUUCACUCCUGAUUUGUUUUUGGCACCAUUGAAGUCGAUUUCUCCGAUAUUCUAGAAUUUAUUAUAUAUUAUAUAUUUUGCUAAAGACUCAAUUUCGAAACAAAACUACCAAAUCGAUGGAGUGGAAGAAGCGAAACAGUUGAAUAGCUCUGUAGAACACUUUAUCUUACCUAAACAAACAUUUAUGAUAGAAUUAUUCGUAAUCUACAUUAACAAACUUGAUUCAUGAAUUGAAAUCAUCAAAAUAUUUUGUUGUUUCGCAUAAUGUGCCCUAGGUACGCCGUUUUUCUAUUCUUAAUUAUUUCAAAUAAUCACGUUGUUUGCCGAUGCGGCUCAGAAUUUCUUCGUUUUUCAAUCUAGCCGUCCAAGGCACCUUAAGGAUUCUGCGGUGCAACCAUAUCUCGAAAGCCCUCAACUUGUUAAACGCAGUCGUCUUCAAUGUCCAGCCUUCCAUGCCGUAGAGAAGCAUCGACCGAACGUAGCACUUCACGAACCUCAGUCGUAGGUUGAGAUCAAAAUCGGGACAGUUACUAAAUAAAAUACAAAAAUUGCCGUCAAAGUGGAAAGCCCCGAAUUCUAUGAAAUACCAAAAAUUUUAAUCAUGUCCACGGACUUAGAAUCUAAAGAUGACGUCAAAGUUCAAGAGCCUAAAAAACCCUUUAAGGUUGUAUUUAAAGAGCAAUGGCCUUUAGGUGUUAAAAUUUUAGAAUUGUUGAUUUGUGCCAUUUGUAUGGCUUUUAUCUAUGACCCUGCAACGACCUCUGGUUUAGGUAAGACCCACAUGAUUCACGUUGGAAUUAUGUACACCGCUUACACAGGAUUCAUGGUAAUUAAUGGUGUCCUAAUUAUUGGAAGGUCUCUUGGUGACAGAAUUCCGUAUAGAACGGUCUCAUUGUUCGCUUUAAUGGGAGCUGCUCUCUUUCUAAUAACGUGUAUUCUUCUAACCGUCGAUCGAUUUUAUUUGAUGAAACAUUAUUUCUACCACCCAAACAUGCACCUUCUAACGAUGAUGACAACUUCAAUUGUCUUUGCAUUUAUUAACGUCGUAGCAUUCUCAGCAGAUGCAAUGUUCACAUUUAUACGAAAAGAAGACUUUUGAAUAUCUUAAGGGACACAACUGAACUUUAAUAAUAUUUAUCAAUCACAUUUUUUUUCUAAUAUCUGAAAGUCAAUAACUAUAUACGUAAGUUAUAAUUUGAUCAAAUAUAAAAUAUCUGACAGCUGGAGAUAUCACGGGGUUAUGAGAACGGAGCUCAAACACUAUAAAGACGGGUGAAUGUGUUAUAAGUGAUGAUUGAGUAGAGACAAGUAUGUAGCAAAUCUAAAAAGUUUGAUUUUAGCAUGUCUCUAAAGCCCUUUCCUACGUUGGCGACAGAAGGAGCUCGACAAGACCGACAAAAGCUCAAACUAAUGUGUAAGCAGAGCCGCGUCCUAAGUGGCCGCUGGUGUCGCUUGCAAAGUGAAGGAUAUAUAAACAAAAAUUUGGUAUUUCUUCAAUAUUAUCAAAGUGGUUUUAAACCUAAAAUUUUAAAAAUAUUUACAUUUUUCACUAAAAAGUAACUAGCAGAUCAAUUAUGUGUUAUAAUUUCACUAUGUAUAGGCCUAACCACUAUAAAUACUUUGAAUAUUUACAAGCUUAUUAAUAGUGAAAUUUAUAGUAAAUUGAGGAUUUAUUUUAUUCAUCGUUUUUCCCAAAGUCCAAUAUGUUCUGACCUUAUAUUACACUUUUCAUAUGUAAAAUGGCCAAGCUUUUGUACUAAAUGAAAAAAAUCUCGGCAAAUAUUCACAUUCAAAUAUCAUAUCAAAAAUUAACAAAUUUAACAUUAAAAGAUUACUCAAAAGUUCAAUAAGUUUUUCCUUCUUUUCUCUGUGGAGAUUGUCGUUAAAGUGAAUUAUUCAACGAAUCACCCGUAAUGCCAGUGCACGUAGAACAAGUUUAACCAUUCUGGCAAAUCAAGCGUUCCACUGGUGUCGCUUCUGUCACUCUUGUCGUGUCGCUUAUGUCGCUCGCGUAGGGACCUAAAGCAUCUCGUAAUAUUGGUGAGUACUACUGAUCAAUCAUCUGGAUUUCUUUGUUAACAACGUGCAGUAUUUAAUAUUUAAGUCAUAAUACCGUUUUCUUGUCCUCAAACAUUUACUGUUGUAACACACCACGUUAUAAGUUCACCAAUCAUAAACAUAUUUAAGAGGAAGAAAGGGAGUACAUUCCCCUCUCCCUGAAGUAUGUAUAUUCUAUUAAAAUUUUAAAGUCAAGAUUGUAAAUAAAUUAAAUAUAUUACACGAAAUUUAGAAAAUGUACUAUUAAAUUGUAAUUGUUUGAUUAGUCUAACAGUUGAGAAAGAUGAUAAAACUUACGGAAUAGUGUAUUAUUCACAAGUGUAUAAUAGGGGUCAUUAUUAAGUAAAUAAUAACUCAUUAUAGACGAGUAGAAUACUAUACUUUAUCCACGAUUACUAAAUAUUUUUGUUUUUUUAAUGAAAAUAAGUUAAUGUUACAUUAUUAGAAACAUUAUUAUUUUAAUCUAACAAAUAUUUCAUACACUAUAUUAUUGUUGAUUUAAAUAUAAUAUAUAGUUAUCGAAAAUCAUAAUAAUCGACACACAAAAAUCUUGUGUGAAUGUACUUAUUAAUAAUCCUUUUUGCCAAUUCAAAUAUCUUAUGCCAUACCUAUUAUAUUAUACUUUCCUUGACAUUUCUAGUAAUAAAUUUAAUAAGGUUAGUUUCUAGUGGUGUUGAAGAGAAGUCACUAUCAUUUUUUUAUAUCCAUUUUUUUUGGUUUUGUUAUAAUUUAAUAUAAAAUCUUAAAACGCGAGAAAUCUAAACACACAAUAAUUUUGACAGGUUCAAAUCAAAUUUAUUUUGUUCCAAGAGCUACUUCAAAUUAAAAUUGAUUCAAAAACCAUGAUACGUUAUAUUAAGAUAUACGACAAACCUAUUCAUGUUGCUGACAGCUCAGAGUUAAUGCAUUCAAAUGGAGGUCUCGUGUUCAAAUCUAGUCCAGUAAAAUUUGUUUUUUUAAUUUUGUUUUAUGUGCAGAGCUAAAUUGAACAUAUUUAGUGAUGUUAUACAUGCUAAAAUUAUGAAAAUCUGUUUUUUUUUUGUAUGAAAACAAUAUAAUAUAGUCAAAUCAAGAAAGCAUCUGAUGAUGGAUAUUAUUAAGGUCGUGGAUAAAAGAAUAUUAUUCUACAUGUUAGUUUGGUAGUAUAAAUUCUGUAAAUAGAACUUUUGGUAUUGAUUAUUAUUAUUAUUUGAUAUAUUGUAUGUAUUUAUAUAUCACGUAAAUCUUUCCGAGGUGGGUAAUUACAUAGUUUUCGAUGACUGUUCUACAGAAAGCUUAAUCUAUGUUUGUAUUGCUUGAUUUCGUGUGUAUCCUGUCGUCACGUGCACUGUGUUCAAACAGAAUAUUUGAUGUUCCAUAUUUAACACAUAAUUUGAUAACUGUUUUAGGUUUUCAUUAUGCUUAUAUUGAAAUUAACAGAUGAAACUUCUUUAAAUCUAAUUACUUUUCCCCAGAAACAGCAGUGUGCAAGUCUAGAACAGUAAGACAUCCAAUGUAGUGAACUUCAUCAGACUUAUACCGACUAUACAAACUGCAAACUUAAUGUUCCAAAGGCCAUAAUUUACCAAAUUUCCUUUAUUGUGCUAUUCAAAAUUAACAAAGGUGUAGUGAAAAGGAGAUUUAAAUGAAACUUAAUUUUAUUGUCUAUUAAUCCUUCAUUGAGUAAAAAAGAGAAGUGGAAAAAUCAUGAAACGUUUUCAAUGUGAAACUUCAAGUAUCAAUAAGAUGAUGAGGAUAAUUAUAUUUUGCAUGAAGAUUUUUCAAACUUGUUCCUGUUACCGACACUAUCAAAAAUAUGGCAAUCAAUUGGAAGGUACAAGGAUUAGAUGGGACCAGGUGAGUGGAGAAAUAAAACACCCUGAUCCAGAUUCUGAUACUUCAGGCAAAACUUACUCAUUAUUAUCUAUUAGAAAAGUGUUCUUGAUAUGAGGAUAAAAUAUGAAUGUAUUCCAGUUUAUUUUCAAAAAUGUAACUCAUUGAACCAGAAAAAUACUAUUAAUACUCAGUUUUCGUUUUCUUUCUGGAUUAUUUUGUGUAUUAGCUAAUUAGCUCAAUGUACGAUUUCUUCACCAAGGCCGUUGUUAAAGUGUCUCCAGUUACAUCUCCAACAUCAUUGUUACUUUUUGAUGAUUACGAAAUACAAAAUACAUAUGUUAUAAUGACAGAAUUUUAGCCUAAUGAACUGAAUUGAUAAUUUAGAUAAGGGAAUGUUUACAGUAUCAAAACGUGAGACCAAAAUCUUUUAUUUCUUGUCUGAACUAAUGUAAUGAAUGUAUACUUUCGUUUCUGCACAAGAUUUUGUAAUUUGGUGCCACGAUUUCUAUCAAAAUUGCAACAUAUGAUAAUAAGCCAUUUCCGAGAUUAAAAAAAUUCAAUCGAAGAUUCUUCUUAUCGAAUUUGCCAUGAAAAAAUACACUACUUAUUCGUUUUUCUGUGUUACGUUUGUUCCAUCUCUCCCUACAUAUAUUUACGAGUAAGUACUUAAAUUUUUUAUAUAUUUGCAGUGAGCUUCAAAUAUAGUAUCUCCUUGAAAUAAAUAUCUUGGUUACCCCUUGUCGUCAAUUAAUAUUUCCUUUGUUUAAUUGAAAAAUUCUGCCAAAAAUAAACUCUGAAGUUGCUCGUGAUGCUUGUAUAGUGAAUUAUUGAUAUUUGUACAUAAGCAGUAAUAAAAAAAUAUGAAACAAAUAAUAGAGGAUACAUAAACAACAAUAUUAUUAUCAACUAUUAUAGGUCAAAAGAAUCAACUGAAUAGAAAUACCGUCACAUAUUUUUCUAUUAUUUUAUAUGCCUACUCUUCCCUCAGUAUUCCAACAGACAAAUCGUUCAAGAACGAAUAUAGGUAUGUUCGAAGUUUAAGUGCGAGUAAUUCAAAUAACAAAACAUUACUGAUAGAUGCCAGUAUCGCAUACAUAAGUGAACGUACUGUUUGUCUUUCUACAUUCCAAAUACUGCAAAUACACUUAUCAUCAGCCUAUCAUAUUUUUGAGUUUUUUCUGAAGUACCACUAGAACAAUCAAUUAGCUUUAAAAGUAUCAGCUUAUUUAGAAAACAAAUACUGGUUUAAGACAAGUUAAUAAAUUGAAAUUCUUUGGAUCUUCGAUUCUAUGGAGCUCGAAAGCUGUAGGGUUUGGAAACAUCUGUUCUAAAUGAAUUAUUUCGAAAAGAUGAUAGGAAAUAAUGCACUGACUGAAAAAUCGAAUAUUUGAAAUUCAUUCAUACAAUGUCGCCGAAAAUCGUCCUUGAAAUACAUCGUCCCCAGAAAUACCCACUGCUCAAUUUGCGUCACCUUUACUCUAUAAUGUACAAAACUAAUUUGUGUAUUUAAAAUAUAUUUUUGUUUUCAUAACUUAUCAAACCUCCGUCCAUAUGUAGUUUAAUACUAAUAGAUUUAUAGGUAUUUGUUAAAAAUCGUUAUCCACGUUAUCAUUUUUAAUAGCAGCAUUACCUAUAAAUGAGUUAUAUAUAGAUAGACAUUAGAAAAACUCGUUUUAUUGUUAUGUUUUUGUAUAUUGUAGAAUAUUAUUAAAAACUGAAUAAACAUUGUUUCA